CAUUUUCUAUUUCAAAAAGGGGAAGCCAGCAUCAAACGCAGACAAUCAACUCAUCUGUUUGUUGGUGUAACCUGCAGUGCACCACUCUCAAUCAACAUGAUUUCUGUCAGUAGUGAGUACCAUCAGAGUAACGGUCUCCGCAACCUUCUGACAGCUGUCCUGAUAUGGGUCAUGGCUUUUAAGUCAUGCUUGUCUCAGUAUGGAGACAAUUCAACUACUGUCAACUACUCGGAAUAUAACGACUCCAGUCCGGAUUAUGACGACUUUACUUCGCUGUGUGGGAAGGAAUCCAACCGUCAGUUCCGCCUCUGGUUCAUGUCCACCUUCUACUCCAUCAUCUGCACCCUGGGGCUGGCGGGCAACCUGCUGGUCAUCCUCACCUUCUUCUACUUCAAGCGUCUCAAGACCAUGACCGACGUGUACCUGCUCAACCUGUCCUUUGCAGACCUGCUCUUUGCUCUGUCGCUGCCCUUCUGGGCAGCCAACUCCAUGGCUGAAUGGGUGCUGGGCCUGGCGGUGUGCAAGUCCAUGCACACCAUUUACAAGGUCAGCUUCUACAGCAGCAUGCUGCUCCUCUGUUUCAUCAGCGUGGACCGCUACUUCGCCAUCUCCAAAGCCAUCUCCGCCCACCGCCACCGCUCCCAAGCCGUGUUCCUCAGCAAGGUGUCAUCAGCGGUUAUUUGGGUGACGGCACUGAUCUUCUCCAUACCAGAUAUGACGUUCACCAACAUCAAUAACAACACCUGCACCCCUUACUCUAGCAGCUCUGACCAGCUCCGCGUCAGCAUCCAGGCAAGCCAGAUUGUUUUGGCUUUUGCGCUGCCACUCCUGGUCAUGAGCUUCUGUUACAGCAGCAUUGUCCGGACCCUUAGCCAGGCUCGUAACUUUGAGCGGAAUAAGGCCAUAAAGGUGAUUCUCGCGGUGGUAGCCGUCUUCCUGGUCUGUCAGGUCCCUUAUAACAUGGUCCUGUUCUGGAAUACGGUGGUUACAGCAAGAGGGGGAACCAAGGACUGUAACUAUGAGAACCAUCUUCUCUAUGCCACAGACGUCACGCAGUGUGUGGCCUUCCUGAGGUGCUGCCUAAACCCCUUUGUUUAUGCCUUCAUUGGCGUGAAGUUUCGUCACGACCUCCUGAAGCUACUGAAGGACUUUGGAUGCAUGAGCCAGGAAAGGUUCUUCAGGUAUACCUGCGGCAGGAGGAGAAGCUCAUUGGCCAACGACACUGAGACUACCACCACAUUCUCUCCUUAAAGCUGUUUCACACAGUGGACAGGUGUACUUUUGGAUACAAGUCUCAAAUCAACAUGUACAUAGCAGACAUUAUCAUAAGAAUGACAACUAUGUGGAUCUUUGCUGCUUUUGUCUGUUUGUGUUCCGUCUCGUCAGUUAGGAUCACACAAGGCUUUGCUUUUGUUUGGCUACAGUGUACAGUAUUUCAAAGAAUUCAGUUUCUAGUUUAAAAAAAGCAAAACAUUUGAACAAUAAACUCGCUGAACGAA